UCCGCUGACUAAACACCAAUGUGGAUCGACCAGACUCAUUUGUCAGAUCGCUUGUGCGGAUUGUUUUGGUUGAUUAUAAAUCAGAUAACCGUGCAUGCGGAUUUGUGUCAAAGUCUGCUGGCAGUUUUGUUUAUGGAGAAAGGAAAGUAAACAGAUGUUUAAUCUCAUCGAACAGAAAAGUGAUUUUCUUCGUGCCUGACAUACGCUGAGUUAAACAAGGAUGUUCCCAACCUCCUGCGACACAUUUGUAGCUCUGCCUCCAUCUACAGAGGGUCAGCAGCGGAUCGUCUUCGGGAAGAACUCGGACAGACCCUGCGAUGAGGUUCAAGAGGUCGUCUACUACCCCGCAAAGCACCAUGAUGACCCAGAAGAAAAGCUUCAGUGUACAUAUAUAGAAAUAGAUCAGGUGGCUGACACAUAUGCAGUGGUGCUGAGUCGCCCCGCCUGGCUGUGGGGGGCGGAGAUGGGCGCGAACGAGCAUCAGGUGUGCAUCGGGAAUGAGGCGGUCUGGGGGAAGGAGAGUGCUGAUGGGGAAGAAGCUCUUCUGGGAAUGGAUCUCGUCAGGCUGGCUCUGGAGAGGGCCGACACUGCUGAGCGGGCUGUAGACGUGAUAACAGAGCUGCUGGAAAAAUACGGCCAGGGCGGGAAUUGUAUGGAGGACGAGUGUGGAUUCACAUACCAUAACAGCUUCCUCAUAUCAGACCGCGCAGAGGCCUGGGUGCUGGAGACUGCUGGGAAAUACUGGGCCGCAGAGAGAGUGGAGGCCGGCUGUCGGAACAUCUCCAACCAGUACUCCAUUACGACUAAGAUAGAUAAGGAGCACCCGGCGCUGAGGACGUACGCACAGGAGCAGCACUGGUGGGAUGGAAAAUCUCAGUUCAGCUUUGCUGAGGUUUACUCCUACUCAAGCACAGCCCGAAUCGAGGCCGCAGGAGGACGAUACUGUGAGGGACGCAAACUUCUGCAGAAGAGUGAAGGCCACAUCACAGCCGAGAAGAUGAUGGAUAUUUUGAGGGAUAAGGAAAGCGGAAUCAACAUGGAGGGAAUGUUCAUGACCACAGGAAGUAUGGUGUCAGUCGUCCCUAAAGACCCAAAUUUACCUGGUGUCCACUUCUUCACGGCCACUCCAGACCCUGAUCGGUCUGUCUUUAAGCCAUUUAUAUUUGUAUUAGACAUAAAGCAGCUGAAGUACACAUGUUCUCCAUGUUUUGGAGAGGAGGAUCCUGUGAAGAAGAAACCCCGUUUCCAGAGCAAACCGAACCGCAAACACCCUCUGUUCCUGAAACACGAGGUGGUCGCCGCCAUCAUCGACAGCACCAGGGAGAGAGGACUGAAGAUUGUACAGAACAUGAGAGAUCUGGAGAAGAAGAAGUUGGUAGAGAUGGAGAAAUAUCUAACUGAGGGGAUUGUGGAUUCAUCACUGCUGGUUCAUCUCUUCACAGACACUGUAACUGAGGAAAUUGAUGUUUACAGUAAAGCCUGAGACUUCUUUGAAAAGAAUUGAAAAUAGUUUAUAAUUGUAUUAUUGGAUGUUUCUUCAACUAUAGGCACUUUUGGACCUGUGGAUCCUAGUAAAACACACUUUUCACACUGUCGCUAGUUUCACUAAAUUACACUUUGAUUGGAAUGGAGGCAUAAUAAUAAUAUUCUGCUCGCAAGUGAUGUGAACAGAAUAUUUUACUGUCUGAUUUUUCUCUCUCUGAUUUUCACUUCACUCACCAUAGGUUUCAAAUUCAUCUCAAGCAAGUAACUUUUGAAAAAUAUUAAUGCUGGGACAGCAGCAAGUUUAAAAAAGAUAUAUAUAUAUAUAUAUAUAUAUAUAUAUAUAUAUAUAUAUAUAUACAGUAUUUCACUCUUUGUUUGAAAGGCUGCUCACUGCAGAGCCAAUGGGUGGAGAUUUCCACUUUUUUAUUUUAUAAUGGUAAGAUGUAAAGAUUUUAUAAAUGUCAGAUCCAAUCUGGUAAGUUAACAUUAAUUAAUGAAUUAACUAGAAAUGAGCAAUACAUUUGUUACAGCAUCUUUGUUAACAUUCAUUAAUAACUGUUCAUGUUAGCUCAGAAUCGUUUGAUUUCACCAUUAACUAAGAAGAUUAAUAAUUGAUUUAGAAGUAUUAUUAGUUCAUGUUAACUAAUGUAAACAAACCAAACCUUAUUAUAAAGUGUUACUUUAAAUCUUAAUAUUAAAUCUUCUGGAUCUGGUACAAGGGUAAAUCUAAUCUACAUAUAAACACCAUAUGAAAAGUAUAAAUUAAAUAAAACCCAAGUCAGUUUUAAUGGGACCUUAAUAACUUCAUAUGUUGAAAUCUCAAUCUCAACCCCUCAGGUAUAAAAGAUCCCAAAGUUGAAGAAACACCCUGUUACUGUUGCUAGUGGAAGAGAUCAUUUGCACAGUCAUUCAGGCAAUUCCUGUAUGUUUGGAUAUAAUUUUAAUAAUAUACUCAAAACCAUUGACAGGUUAGUCACAUUGUUCUCAUUACUGACAUGUUUAAUAAGUUGCAUGUUUUUAGCAUUUUAGAGUGCAUGUCAAAUACUCAAAUGGAAAGUUUGAACUGUCUAUCAUUCCUUAUUAUCCAUGUCUACUGGAAUCUAGUGCCAGUGAUGCACAGAUAUCAUAUGCAAACACUUACAGCUGAAUAAUGAAUUCCAAAGGAUUCACUUUGAGAAAUGUGUGAACUGGUGGAAGUUGGCAGAACUUACUAAAUGUCCACUCUAUUUAAGUAAAAUAAUAAUAAUAAUAAUAAUAAUGAAAAGAUCAACACUCAUUAAAGCCCAUACCACAAACACA